CAGGUGCGAGGGGUGCCUGUGCCCAUCGUCCAGGUGUCUGGGCUCUGGAAGCGGCGAGAUGCUGCGGGACCGCACGCUCCGGCUCCAGUAUGGCAAUCGCAUCGAGGCCCUGUGCGUGCUGGGCACCCAGCUCUCCACCGAUGUCUAUGGAGCGGCUCCGGCCGGCGCGGUCUCCUUCGGCCUCAAGCACACGGAGGCGGUGAAGGUGGAGGUCGUCACCGGGGAGCGAGCGGAGGCGGCGCCGCCGAACGGGGGGCCGCGCUGGCCUCUCGACGAGGGGACGGUCCUGAGACUCAGCAUGAGCCAAGCCAGCGCGGAGGUCAAUGACAACAAGGUGACCGUGAGCUAUUUCGGAGAGGAAGGGGGACAGCCCAUCAACCAAGCCGGCGUCUUCCUCACGGGCGUCAGGAUCUCUCUGGACGUCGACGCAGAUCGGGAUGGAGUGGUGGAAAAGAAUAACCCCAACAAGGCGACCUGGACGUGGGGCCCAGACGGGCAGGGGGCCAUCCUGCUUGUGAACUGCGACAGGGAAAGCCCUUUGAUUCCUGCGCCUGACUGCGAUGAUGAAACGGUGUUCAGCAAAGAAGAUUUGCUGGACAUGUCUCGGAUGGUCCUGAGGACUGAAGGCCCGCAGAGGCUCCCCCGGGGAUACGAAAUCGUUCUCUACGUUCCCGUCUCGGACGCUGACAAAGUCGGGGUCUUUUACGUGCAGAAUCCCUUCUUUGGGCAACGCUACAUCCACAUCCUGGGCAGGCAGAAGCUGUACCACACCGUGCAGUACACGGGCGGCCCCGCGGAGCUGGAGUUCUUCGUCGAGGGACUCCGCUUCCCGGAUGACAGCUUCCCCGGGCUCGUCUCCAUCCACAUCAGCCUCCUGGAGCCCCUGGCCGAGGGUAUCCCCCAGGUGCCGAUUUUCACCGACACCGUGGCGUUCAGGGUAGCGCCGUGGAUCAUGACCCCCAACACGCUGCCACCGGCGACCGUCUUCGUCUGCAGCGUGAAGGACAAUUACCUCUUCCUCAAGGAGAUAAAGAAGCUGGUGGACAAAGCCAGCUGCAAGCUGAAGGUUUGCUCCGGCUACAUGAACCGCGGCGACCGCUGGAUGCAGGAUGAAAUCGAGUUUGGCUACAUCCACGCUCCCCACAAAGGCUUCCCAGUGGUGCUGGACUCCCCCCGAGAUGGAGGGCUGAAGGACUUCCCCAUCAAGGAGCUGCUGGGCCCAGACUUUGGCUACGUGACCAGAGAACCCCUGUUUGAGGUAGUCACCAGCCUCGACUCCUUUGGGAACCUGGAGGUCAGCCCGCCGGUGACCGUCGGUGGGAAGGAAUAUCCCCUGGGGAGGAUCCUCAUUGGAAGCAGCUUCCCCACAUCCGCGGGGAGGAGAAUGACUAAAGUGGUGAGGGAUUUCCUCUACGCCCAACAAGUGCAGUCGCCUGUGGAACUGUACUCCGACUGGCUGACCGUGGGCCACGUCGACGAAUUUGUCACCUUUGUGCCCAGUCCUGACGCAAAGCGAUUUCGGAUGCUCCUGGCCAGCCCCGCGGCAUGCUACAAGCUCUUUCGGGAGAAGCAGAAGGAGGGCCAGGGUGAAGCCACCAUGUUCAAAGGAUACUCCGGGACAGACACCAAACGAGUCACCAUUAACAAAGUCCUUUCCAACGACGUCAUGGUGCAACAGAAUCAGUACGUCCAGCGCUGCAUUGACUGGAACAGAGACAUCCUCAAAAAAGAGCUGGGCUUGACAGAGAGUGAUAUCAUCGAUCUGCCGGCCCUCUUCAAGAUGGACAAGCACGGCAAGGCCAUGGCAUACUUCCCCAACAUGGUCAACAUGAUCGUGCUCUCCCAGGACCUGGGCAUCCCCAAGCCGUUCGGCCCCAUCAUCGAGGGGGAGUGCUGCUUGGAGCAGCACGUCCGCUCCCUCCUUGAGCCCCUGGGCUUGACGUGCAGCUUCAUCGACGACAUCUCCUCCUACCACAAGAACCUGGGGGAGGUCCACUGCGGCACCAAUGUCCACCGACGACCCUUCUCCUUCAAGUGGUGGCACGUGAUGCCCUAGACGCUGGCAAGCUGGCAGUGGCACCCCUGCUGCACGCUCGGAGGUGGCUCCUGGGCACUUGCGGCUGUGUGUUU